CGUGACGUCAGUUCCGGCCGAGCGGCUCGAGACGAGGGCGCUGAGCUCGAGCAAAACAAGAAGCGGAAAAUCUGAGGCGGAAAAAAAAACGCCCUUGAUGCGAAUCGGCGGCUUUGGAUGUUUUAAAAUCCAAUUACUCUGUGGCGAAUGAGAUAGCUUCAGUAGCUAAUAGCGGUAUUUUUUUUUUAAUUGUGUGUCGGAUCCUCGAAAAGCCAGAAAGAUGUCGGCACAGGCCCAAAUGCGAGCCAUGCUAGACCAGCUCAUGGGAACAUCCAGGGACGUGAGUGCUGAAGACAUCUGGGGGCAAUGGCUUGGAGAGGAGUUACCAACGGUAUGAGGGAACUAAAUUAACACACACAGCUGAAGUGGUUCAGUGUAUCUUUGCCUGCCUACUUCAAUCUGCAAGGGAGUUACAGAAACACCCCGCGUUCAUCGAGCCGAGAUGCCAGUCGGCAGCGAAUCAGAUUUACUGACGAUCGGGUCUGCAAGAGUCACCUCCUGAGCUGCUGCCCACAUGACAUUCUUUCUGGAACGAGAAUGGACCUUGGAGAGUGCACAAAAGUUCAUGACCUUGCACUGAGAGCAGACUAUGAAAUUGCCUCCAAAUUAAAGGACCACUUUUUUGAAAUGGAUGCGAUGGAUCAUUUGCAAUCAUUCAUCACAGACUGCGACAGAAGAACAGAAAUUGCAAAGAAACGUUUGGCAGAAACCCAAGAGGAAAUCAGUGCUGAGGUGGCAGCGAAGGCUGAGCGGGUUCAUGAACUAAAUGAGGAGAUUGGGAAGCUGCUUGCCAAAGCAGAACAAUUGGGAGCAGAAGGAAAUGUUGAAGAAUCCCAAAAAGUCAUGGAGGAAGUUGAAAAGGCACGAGCUAAGAAGAGGGAAGCUGAGGGGGACACCAUUGCUUCUCCUUCCUCCAGUGCAUUCUGGGAGGUGUAUCGGAAUUCCAUGCCAGCCUCCAGCUUCCAGCAGCAGAAGCUGCGAGUCUGUGAGGUGUGCUCAGCAUACUUGGGUCUACAUGACAAUGAUCGACGCCUUGCAGACCACUUUGGUGGCAAGCUUCACCUCGGAUUCAUUGAAAUUAGAGAGAAACUGGAAGAGUUACAGAAACUUGUUGCUGAGAAACAGGAGAAAAGGACUCAAGAACGUCUGAAAAGAAGAGAGGAGAGGGAAAAGGAGGAACGAAUGAAAAGAAGGACCAGGUCUCGCAGCAGGGAUCGUAAGAGAUCAAGAUCAAGGGAACGCCGUCGACAUCGAUCCAGGUCAGCAUCCCAUGACCGGCGCAAACGUUCCCGCUCUAGGUCUCGGGACCGGCGCCGCCGGCACAAGUCUCGAUCUGGAAGCAGAAGCAGAAGCCGCAGUCACCACCGCAGCAGGCAUAGCUCAAGGGACAGAGAGCGAGAGAGAGAUCGGAGCAGAGAGAAAAGUUCCAAAAGAAAAUCAAGAGACCGAGACAGAUCCAGAGAUCGUGACAGAGAAAAAUCAAGGGAGAAAGAUCGCAAAGAGAAAAAACGUUCCUAUGAGAGUGCUAAUGGCAAAUCAGAACACAGCUCUGAGGAACGAGAAGCAGGAGAAAUCUAACGGACAAAAUAUUUUUGGAACCAGGGCAGAGGAUGUCUUUCUGAUUGUUUAACUCAACUAGGGGAGCUCUUGUUUUGUUUUUGGACUUAGAAAAAAAUUCCAGCAGCUAGGUAACCGAUAACUUAAAAAUAUUAGAUAGUUCAAGAUGUUGAGGACGUUUUGUCAGUUUAACCAGCUGGUUUGAAGGCAGCAACUGGAGGUACCUAGAAUGUACUGUGUGUACAUGUACUGGUGCUGUAAUGCCACUAACGUUAGGGUUCCUCCUUCCAUUGGCACAAGGGUGCUAAUUUGUUUUGAAUAAUGAAAUUAUUUGUUUUGCAUUUUCUUUUAAAUGUGGAAUCUGAAAUCCAUGGUAAAUUUUACUGGAGCUUAAAUAAAAAUAAAUGGAUCUGGUGGCUUGGGGAGAGACUGUUUUGUCAGUAAGCAGUUGCAUAUUAACUUGUUACUGUUGGCUGUGCAGGCUUACAGUCUUUGAUCUCUAUGCCUGUAAUGGUAUUCACUACAGAAGUUGCCCUUGUCUUUGUCACAGUUUCAUUGUUGUUGACAGUGGCAUUGACUAGCAACCGUUUGACAAAAUUGUUCAGAAUCUCAUUCAGCCAGAUCAGCGAAACAUCCAAAGGAAACUAACAGUUUGUUUCUCAUUAGAAUAAGCUUCCCUUCCUCACACCCAAAAGGAACUCUCCUCUCCCUCUGCACCCUCUUCCCACAAGGUUGACAUUGUUUUUGUUAAAUGUUAAUCUGAAAGAACCUUGAUUGCUCCACUCAGUUACACCCAGAGAAUCCCCCUUGGUUUGGUUGGAGAAAAAGUGUAUUGUUUUUAAUUAACUUAUAUGGUGGAACAAAUUUACUGCCCGGUUCUUGUUAAGCCACCAAAUAGGAUUCAUGAGGAAAAAAUGCAACUACUGCAAAUAAACCUGGCCCCUUCAUCACCUUAAUUUCCCCACUGCACCCCUACCCCCACUCCCACCGCCACCCCCACCUCUCCACUUAUAUAAAAAAACUACAAACUCCAUUUGGAAAAGCUUCCCCCGAACUAGUAAAUCUGGAAAUGCACUGAGACAUUUUUGGAAACCAGAAACCUAAAUUGCCAAGUUUGUAUCUUGUCGAUAUAUGUACUUUUUAAUAUAAUUAAGAGGGAUCGCUUUUAUUCUUGCAGUUGCGGUAGAAGUUCAGAUAGAAAGGGUCCAAAACUGUUGGUGAUGAGUUAAUGUGAUUUCAGUAGCUUUUUAGGACAGUGCGUGUCCAGAAACACUACCAUCAAGAAAAGACCUUACUAGCUUUGCAUGCAUGUAAUCCUCAGAAAACUUGGCAUGUCUUCAGAAUACUUCUGGAACACGAUACACAUCACUGUUAUUUUGGAUCUUUACUCAGAACUUUUAUAUUUUGACAGUGAAAUCAUGCCCAUAAAAUAAAGUCCAGUGUUUAUCAUUCACAAAAACUGAUUCAUUAUUUGCCCGAGGAACAGAAGAGGAUUUUCCACACAUUAAAAGCAACUUGCGGGAACUUUUGUUGGAGUUCAGAGAACCCUGGGUUUUCCACAUGCUUGUGGCAUAUGUGGCACACUCCAGGCAGCUUAGGGUGUUGUCUGUGGCAGGUACCAGGGUGUCACAGAUCUAAAAUAUACCAGUGUAUUCCAUGAUUAUAUCGCUCAUUUUUGUUAGCCAAUUGUGGUCACCCCACAAUUACUGUGAUUUUUUUUUUUAAAGUGGUCAGCUUUACUUUGAGAAACUGACUCUGUGCUAUAAAAAUAUUCCAGUGUGAAGUUCCUCAGUAUCCAUAGUGGCGGCAUUAUUUUUCUGCACCAGAUACUUUGGUUACUGGCUGUUACACUGCUUGCCCCCAUCAUUUACUUAGUUCUUAAUGGUCAUUUGGUCAGUCAGAUUUCUGAGUUUACAGUUUGUUUUAAGACACAAAUAAUAAGGUUUUAUUUUAUUCCCCCUUAAUCUUUUUUCCUUACAUGACUUUUUGUCUAUACUUGUAUUGUUAAUUGAAAACAAUUGAAAUAAAUUUCCUGAAAACAUUUAAUAAGAUUUACAAACAAUUUAAGUUUUCCUGUGUUGUAUGAAAUUGUGACAAAUACUUGUUUGCUACUUUGCAAUUAAAACAAACCAAUAUUA